UGUUCAUAUUUUCCGCUCAGUCUCUGCUCAUAAUAUGAGGAAUGCCCAUAGUUUCGGUCUGUAUAGGACUAACGCACACACACACGCGCCUCUCUCAUCACGGGUGGGUGGACUGAUUGAUCCGGUUGCCAUUGACGACACUCCGACAUCAAAGCAUGCGGAUCGGCAUUACAUCAUCAUGGGCUCGCGCUGGGUUUGGUCCUCCAGGUGUGACCGCGGCACUUUCUCCUGGGUUCUGCCGCUCAAGAGGCGUCAUCUUCGGCGAGAUAAUGGGGGAUUCCCGCGAGGACAAACACUGUGUCGGAUCAUCAGGAGAUUUAAUUCCCGGUGAAAGCUGCCACAGAACGACUCGUACAGAAAUGUCCUGCUUGGAUUUUUAUGUGUUUCCUCCAGUUGUGACUCGUCGAGAGUUUCUGCUUCUGCUGGUGCUUUGGAUUUUAUUGCCCCGUUUGCAGUGUGCUGGAGCGCGCAAGCAGCCUCCUGGUAUUAAAAUAUUACUUUCCGGACAGUCCAAGGCUGUUACUCAGAAAGUUUUCACAACAGAUGGCAAAGAAUGCAAGUUUCCUUUUCGCUCUGGAGGGAAGAUUUAUAACCAGUGCAUCUCUGUGAACUCCAACAAGGCCUGGUGUUCGCUCACACACAACUUUGACCGUGAUCAGAAGUGGGGAUUUUGCAGUUCACACACACGACUGUACAACGGUUUUCUUCCUCGGCGUGGAGAUCUGAGCGUCUGUCAGUCGAACCCGUGUCUGAAUGCUGGCGUUUGUGCCACGGACACUCACAGAAACUCUUUCCACUGCAUCUGUGCUGACGGAUUCACUGGAGCUCUGUGUGAGAAGAGGAAAUGCUACGAGCUGCUGCAUCUGAAGCAUUAUGAUAUCGGAGAGUCGUGGAGCCGGAUUUACCUGCGGAGCGUGGAGAUGUGCACGUGUGUGAGUGCCGGGGCCGUCUGUGAACGCACACGAUACACCGUGUGUUCCAGGAAUCCCUGUGAAAAUGACGGAGUGUGUAGGAUGAUUGAAGCCACUGGGGAAGAGGUGUGUGGAUGCAUAUCUGGAUAUACUGGACAAUACUGUAAUAUCA